CACCACAAAUUCAUUGUCUAUUUCAAAUGGGGUAAUCCCAAUUCUUAUGUAUCAUGAAUACAAUUUUCAGAAAAAAAAAAUUAAAAAACUACAGCUAGCUUGGUUGUGUGCUCCAAGUGAGCUGUCAACAAGGCGUCGAACUAAAGACAUAAAUUAGGGACAAAAUGAUCAGCAACUUCAUGUAACUACACAUUGAUAAUAUACAAAUCAGAAACUAAUAAAAAUCAUACAUAUAUAUAAAUCACCAUCUGCAAUAUAUUAUAAGCAUUAUCAGCCUUAAACGAGCAGAGUUUUCAUUACUUUUCAAAACAUGUCACAACCUACGGCACCACCGCAGCCUGAUGAGGAGGCACCGCCACAGCCGCAACCAGCACAGGCGCCAUCCUCCUCUUCAUUGAUGGCAAUCAUAGCUCUAAUUCUAAGAAUCAUCACAUGGGUCUGUCUCAUAAUUUCAACCAUCAUAAUAGUAACAACUACUGCCACAAUCAUAGGCACUUAUCAGACUGUCGAAAUUCACUUCAAUGAUAUAAUUGCUUACAGAUCGCUUCACAGGUAUGUACUAGCUGUCAAUGUUCUGGGACUGGUGUACACUAAAUUGCAGUUACCAUCCUCAAUCCGCCUUGUAAUCUCAGGAAAACCCCUGUGGAAGAGUCCUGGUUUCCUCGUGUAUGAUUUUCUUGGUGAUAAGGUCCUUUUAUCACUAUUGGCAACUGGGGUAGGUGCGGCAUUUGGUGCUACACUGGAUCUCAAGAAAAACCUGGAUGACUUAGAUGAUAUCCUUCAAGAAAACUAUGACAACACUGCCCUUUCCCUAAUUAGAGUAAAACUCGAUGAUUUUUUCGGCAAGGCCUAUGUCUCAGCAGGAUUCCUUCUCUUUGCUUUCCUCACCUCAGUAAUUUCGUCUGUACUUUCAUCUUUGGAGCUCACCAAGAAGACCUACUAAUAGACAAUAAGAAAU